AUGAGCCUCAACUGUUCCUUGUGGCAGGACAACAGCAUGUCUGUGAAACACUUUGCCUUUGCCAGAUUCUCCGAGGUCACUGAACAGUGUUUCUUUUUGUUUACCCUCAUCCUGCUCAUGUUCUUAGCAUCACUGCGGCAAUGCUCUCAUAGCCACUGCCAUCUGGACCAACCCGCCUCCACACCCCCAUGUACUUCUUCCUGGCCAACCUGUCUCUCUGGAGAUUGGCUACACAUGCUCUGUCACACCCAAGAUGCUGCAGAGCCUUGUGAGCGAGGCCCGAGGAAUCUCUCGGGAGGGGUGUGCUACACAGAUGUUUUUCUUUUUGUUACUGGUACCAGCGAGUGCUGUCUCUUGGCCGCCAUGGCUUUUGACCGCUAUUAUGCCAUAUGCUCCCACUUCACUAUGCAACACAAUGAGUCGUGGAGUGUGUGUCCAUUUGGCAAUGGUUUCUUGGGGAGUGGGUGCAUGGUGGCUUGGGCCAGACCAACUAUAUUUCUCCCUGGACUUCUGUGGCCCUGUGAAAUAGACCACUUCUUCUGUGACCUCCUCCCUAUCCUGGCACUUGCCUGUGGGGAUACCUCCCAUAAUGAGCUGCAGUCUUUGUUGCAGCCAUUCUCUGUGUUUCCAGCCCAUUUUUACUCAUCAUUGCUUCUUAUGGAGAAUUCUAGCUGCCGUGCUCAGCAUGCCCUCACCUGA